GUGCAGAGUUCUUGGCUGGAAUUGGGCUAAGAGCUGAUUAUCCUUCACGUGAUUUCGAAGCCGGUCCGUGCUAACACUAGUGGAUUAAUCUCUCGCGUCCGCGACGACAUCCCACAACGCACGACUCGUCUUCCUCCAGCAUGUCAGAAGCUUCUGCGCAGUACAAGAAGCAAGAUGGCAAGCUCUCCCUGUCUGCGGACGGUCGUACUGUGUCCUGGAAGUCCAACAGCGGCACGCUUCCGCCGCUGGCGAUAAGUGUCAUCGAAAUUCAAAAUCUCCAGCAAACUCCCGCAACUGCUACCAAAGCCUCCAUCAAGAUCGUCAUCCAGAAGCCGUCUGCCUCGCAACCGGAGAACCACACGUUUACAUUCACCUCAGCCGCUGCUCGGGAUGACCAGCAAGCAGUCACAGGUGCUCUCCGGAAGUGGAUAGAGACUUUCAAAGCGCAGAAUGCAACGACACCGCUCCCGUCUACAGAGAACAGUGGAGGUCCGUCUGCAAUCGGGGUCCCCACUCAGACGGUGGCCGCCAGCACGAAACCCGAGGAGGAUAUGUAUGGUGAUGCAAGGUUGAUAAAGGAUGCUGAGCUUCAGAAGUCGUUGCUCAACUCGAGCCCGGCUCUGCGGCAGCGGUUCGAUCAAGCCCUUCGGGAAAAACCAGACACCAUCUCUAUUUCCCAGUUUGCCACACAAUUCUGGGCUACUCGACUGCACCUUCUACGGUCACACGCCGCAGAGAGAGCUCAGAGUCAAGGAACCUACAAUGUACUCUCUGUCGUGAAGAUGCACACGGAGGACGGCACCCAAAAGCUCAGCAUCUCCAAGGAGCAGAUCCACCUAAUAUUCAACCAACACCCCCUGACCAAAAAGGUGUACAACGAAAAUGUGCCUCCAAUGCGCGAGGGAGACUUUUGGUCUCGCUUCUUCGCAAGCCGCUUAUACAAGAAGCUUAAGGGGGAGAAAAUUACCGAGCAAGACGCUCCUGACCCGAAAUUGGACAAGUAUCUCAACCUUGAUGAUGACGAUGAACACUCUCGACAACUAACCAUGACUAAUGUCCCGCAUUUCAUUGAUCUGGAGGGCAACGAGCAGAACCACAGCCAACGCUUAGGCAAUCGACCAGACUAUACCAUGCGGCCCAACUCUGCGGACAAGGUCCCAAUUUUGCGCGUACUCAACAGAAUGAGCGAGAAGAUGAUGGCCGAUGUCCCAUCGUCUGACGCUGAUCCCCAUGCGCCAGUGGGAAUAGAUGAGGAGACCUACCAGCAACUACGCCUCCGAGACCUGCAACGAGCAGCUGACGACAACAGAAUAAUUCUCAAGAUCCAGAAUCAGGACCAAUUCUUUUCAGCUGAGCAAGGAUUGCACACCUCAAGCAGUGCUUCAACAUACACUAAGCGCUCUCCUGCUCAAGUACUGUCUGCGCUACAGCAUGACUUUCAGAGUAUAUCAUCCGGCAAAAGUAAAACUGCUGGGCUUGACCUUGAGGCUGCAAUCGGGCUUAACAACGAGAGUAGUAGUGAUGAAGAAGGAUCCUCUAAGAAGCCGAGAGUGGGCAGUAUAUCUGCUCGGACGGGCGCCACCGCACAGAUCAACAAAGCUAUCCGACAGCGUCAUUCACAGGACGAUGAUUACUCAUCAUCCCACAGCAUUGCGUCUAGCGAGCAGGCUGCAAAGUUGGGGCUCUCACAAUCAGUAUUUGAUACGCUGUCCAUGACACACAACACCACCGUGGAGUUCUUACAUUACUUUUGGACGGUAUUCUAUUCAGGGGACUCUGAGCGUGCGACCGAGGUCCAAAAGCUUGUUGAAACUUUGGAAAAGUCACUCGACAGAAUCAAGGCUGUUGCAGACACCGCUGAGAACGAGCGCCUAGCUAGGCUUGACAAACUGAGAAGAGAAAAUGAGAGCUAUACUCAGCGAACUGGCAAGAAGAAGAAGUUCGAUCCCAGCACGGUCAAGGGUGGUGCAAAAGCAGUGAAUGAGAUCAUGAGCCCUCUGAGACGAGCUAUAGAUUCCGCAACUCAACAGUACAAGAAGAUUCGUCAAGAUCAAAUGGGGCAAAUUGCGGACCGCACUCAACCGAAUGUAAUGUGAGGCGCGGGUCAAGAUUUGGACUGUUGUUAAUUAUUCUUAUUUUGCAUAGCGACGGCGUGUGGGAACCAGGAUCCAUGCCGAUCCGGAAAUAAUGUGGCCUGCUAUCAUCAAAUAGGAGAACAGCGUUGUGUAUGCGCGCAUCCGCCGCUAUGACCAUGAUUUUUCCGUGACAAUGUUU